GUUUGUUUUGUUGUAAAGUCUCGCGAUAAAACAUUUUAUGUCACGUGAUCUGAAAGAAUUCUUUGGCGGUUAGCUCUGAAAAAGUGUUUGUGUUGGAGUCCAUCAUCGCCGGCGGGGCCAGCAGCAAACAGCAGCAGCAUGGAGAUGAUAAAGAUCGAGAAGGUGGUUGUCGGACGUAAAACUAACACGUGUGAGCCCCUGCACACAUACCGAGCAGAGAGUCUGCAGUGUUUCCAGUGUUUCAUCACCUUCAGCGACUCCAAAUCAAAGGAAAGGCACAUGAGGAAGAGUCACCGGGAACAGUACAUGCAGCAUCUUCAGCAGACUAAUACAUUAUUCAUCUGCUACAAAUGUGAUAAGUGCUUCUUCUGCCCUAAAGAGCUCAGACAGCAUCAAGUUACUCAUACAGCCGAUGAAAAGCCCUUCGUCUGUACUUACUGCCAAAAAACAUUUUCUAUCUUUUCUGAGUUUACCAAACACAGACGGUAUGAGUGCGCACUGCGAGGACGCUUCUGCAAAGACUGCGGUGCUUCAUUUCCCAGUCCUUCUGGACUCCGCACUCACCGAAAGGCGACGCACUUGGCUCACCUCGAUAAAGGGAGCGGUGACAGCGCCCAGUGCUGCAAAUGUAACCGAUGUUUUCCAACAGAGGAGGAGCUUUUACAGCAUCAAGAGAUUUGUGCUCGUUUUGUCAACUGUGACGCCAACCCACAAGACAAAGAACAAGGCCAAAAACCCAAGUGUGGAAUAAAUGAAGAGUUGAGUGAUGAGAAGGUCGAGCAAAGAGGUGGAGCAGCAAAAUGGGAAAGAAGCAGGGAAUCUUCAACUGAUGGUCCCACAUCGGUGGAGCUCAACAUUCCCUGUCCUGCAGCAGACUGUGAUUGCACUUUCGCCUCUGUUGAAGCUCUGCGAACGCAUAAGAAAACCAAGCAUGCUCCUCCUCUUCAGACAGGCAUCUGCUCUGAAUGCAACUGUCCCAACUGUGGAAAGACUUUUGCAGGACAAAGCACCCUAAAAAGUCAUCAGGCUUUGCACUGUGAGGUUAAAAAAAGAUGAAGGAAAGAUUGUGUUGUUAGAAAAAAAGUGAAUCAUUCAUUAAAUAUUUGGCUUUGUAGAGCAGCAUUUCCCAUCUUAUCUAUAACAUUUGGAGCCAGAUUUUUCAAGAAAGAAUCACCCCUCAUGCAGGUUUUGUUACCCUGGGUGCUCAUUUCAAUAGGUUUUGAUGAAAACUCCUCCCUGUAUGUCGAUGGAUGUGCAUGUUUUGUGGUCCACGCUUUUAUUUUUUAUCAUCCGAGACAUUAUUGUAUUUUUUAUUUUAUAUAUAAGCUCUUUUUUCAUGAAUACUGUAGGAGCGUUUUUUCAUUGAACCCAACUAGGUUUUGUCUCUUAUAGAAAAUACACAUCUAACAUCAAAAAUGUAGAGAUAUUAAAGGCCACAGGUAUUUAUAAUUCUUACUUUUUUCCUGAAAAUGUCUUUUUUUUUAUGGUUUUUGUGAUGGACUGAUGUUUGACCCUUUUAAAUAAUGUGCACAAUUUAAACUGCAAUGUUGCUAUAUUGUUAAGUGAUGUCAGUAAGUGAUGUAAAAUGGUUGAAACAAUUAAAAAGUUCAUUUAUACACCAUUCAUAAUUAAUGAAUUCUGAAGACUUCUGCAAAGAAGUUCUGGUUUCUGUUGAAAAUCUGCCUUAAGAGAAUAAAAUCAAAUUUGAAAUGCUG